AGAGAGAGAGAGAGAGAGAGAGAGAGAGAGAGAGAUGGAGAUGGGUGUGGCUUCAACACAUAAUCAUCCACCAAAACCAACCAUUGAAGAAGAAAAUGAAGAGCACUAUCUCUCAGCUAUGCAGUUAGCCAGCGCAACAGUUCUCCCUAUGGUGUUGAAAGCAGCUCUAGAGUUAGAUCUACUUGAGAUCAUAGCUGCAGCAGGCCCUGGUGCGUGCCUUUCAACUUCAGAGAUUGCCUCCCUACUCCCCACGCAAAACCCAGUUGCGGCCUCUGCCAUGCUCGAUCGUAUCUUACGUCUCCUCUCGAGUUACUCUAUUCUCAAAUGCUCUCUCUUCAAACGGGACAAUGAAGACCAUGCCCAGAGAUUUUAUGGUUUGGCGCCAGUCUGCAAAUUCCUUAUUCGGAACAAAGAUGGAGUUUCUAUUGCUCCCUUGGCUCUUCUGAUCCAGGACAAGGUCUUCAUGGAUAGUUGGCAUUUCUUGAAAGAUGCAGUUCUCGAAGGUGGAGUUCCAUUCGACAAGGUCCAUGGGAUGAAUCUUUUUGAAUACUCUGGUAUGGAUCCAAGGUUCAACAAACUCUUCAACAAGGCAAUGUCAACUCACAGCACUUUGAUCACCAAGAAGAUUCUUGAGACAUAUAAAGGAUUUGAAGGCCUUAAAGAGGUAGUUGAUGUGGGAGGUGGGAUUGGAACCACAAUUGGAAUGAUCACUUCCAAGUAUCCUCAAAUUAAGGGUAUUAACUUUGAUUUGCUUCAUGUUGUAGCAGAUGCUCCAUCUUAUCCUGAUGUCGAGCAUGUAGGAGGAGACAUGUUUGUCAAUGUGCCAAGAGGAGAUGCCAUUUUCAUGAAGUGUAUCUUUCGUGAUUGGAGGGAUGAGAAUUGCUUAAAACUUUUGAGAAAUUGCUGGGAUGUUUUACCAAACUCUGGAAAAGUGAUAGUUGUUGAAUCGGUUCUUCCACUGGCCCCUGUGACUAAUGUGGCUUCCACCCUCGUCACCAAUUAUGACCUACUCAUGUUAGCACACACCCCAGGAGGAAAAGAGAGGACAUUUCAACAGUUUGUGGCCUUGGCAACAAAAGCUGGAUUUUUGGGUUGCAAAAUUAUUUGUAGUGCUUAUAAUUAUAAGGUAAUCGAAUUCUACAAAAUAUGAGAAUGUUACAUUUAGUUUUUGGCACUGCAUAUGUAUUGAGAAUUUUAUUUGUAGUUCCGUGAUUAUUGAAAGUAUGAUUCUUCUAUCAAUAAAACUUUUUUAAGUUU